GCGCUGUGAUUGGCCCGGACGCGCCAUAAAUCGCCCAAUGGCGGGCGAGCGGGGCGCUCUGGCGUCUCUGCGUCCGCGGGAACAUGGCGGACCGGCUCACGCAGCUGCAGGACGCCGUGAACUCGCUUGCAGACCAGUUUUGUAAUGCCAUUGGAGUAUUACAACAGUGUGGCCCUCCUGCCUCUUUUAGUAACAUUCAAACAGCAAUUAAUAAAGACCAACCCGCCAAUCCUACAGAAGAGUAUGCCCAGCUAUUUGCUGCACUGAUUGCACGGACAGCAAAAGAUAUUGAUGUUUUGAUAGAUUCCUUACCCAGUGAAGAGUCUACAGCUGCUUUACAGGCUGCUAGCUUAUAUAAGCUAGAAGAAGAAAAUCAUGAAGCUGCUACAUGUCUGGAGGAUGUUGUUUAUCGGGGAGACAUGCUGCUGGAAAAGAUCCAAAGCGCACUUGCCGACAUCGCACAGUCACAGCUGAAGACCAGAAGUGUCACCCACAGCCAGUGCCCUCCAGACUCGCUGCACCAGCAGAGCGGGUGAC